CGCGGACAGAGCGAAGCGAUCGAAGGCUCCUGGUGAGGUCUAUGAGGGACAUCAGAGCAGAGGGUGCCAAGUAUGAUGAGCUACUCAAGCGCCACAGCGGUGAUUGUGCACAAGAGGGAGCCUCUCUUGCUGAGAAGUCGAGAAAAGUACGCUCCUUGUGGUCGGACAUUGAUGGAAUGCUGUCGACCACCAAAGAGGAGCAGAACGUGGUGGAAAGUGUUUUAAAGGGAGAUGUAGAUCAAUACAUCCUGGACGGGACGGAUCAGGUCCUCCAGAUUCCUCGCAGUCUGCUGGAGAGAAUUGAACAGCUCCCUCAUCAGUUGAGUUCAGGGAAUGUGUACGAGGCGGGUCAGCUGAACCUCCUGAGUGUGUUUGAGCUGACGAACCACGCGCUGCAGCUCCUGAGAGAAGAGCGCUGCCGGGUCUCUGAGGCCCCCAAACCUCAGCUCAGUCCUCAGCAGCUGCAGGUGAAAUGUCAGCAGAUGGCCCGUGCACUGCAGAACCUCCACCUCAUCAGACAGAGGAUUUCCAAGGAAGAAAUUCCUGAGGUCAGGAGCGCCAUCGGCGAGUUGGAGGCUGCAUGGGACAGGAAAUGGAUGGCUACGCUCAAAGACACGCCGCUUGUCUCUUUUCUGAAUGAAGAUCCUGCCCUUGGCUUCCUCUCACCAAUGGCUCCACUGUCUUUUGAACCGGCCGCUGGCGCUAGCUACAGAAGUAGCGUCUUCUCACAGUACCCUGCAUCGCUUCUUGAGAAACCUGCAGAGAGAAAACCACAGGAAGUCCUCCUCCCUAGUUAUUCUAACCCGAUGAGCCCUCAACCGUUACCAGCUGAGAGGUUUGACAGUCCUGUCGUCACCGCUGCAGCACCGUCACAAGCAAACACUUCUCUGGACUGGCUCUUUGACACCCCCCCGUCCCCCCUCCGGAAAGCUCCAGCAGUACCACCCCCUCAGGCUAUUAUUGCCAGUGUGAGGAAGGUUGCUCAUGUUCCUCAGAAUGCAGCACCCAUCAGGACCAAGACUCAGAUUUUAGACAUGGAGUGUGAUAACCUCGCUGACCAGUUUGCAGAUGCUGUUGCUACAACCAGUCCCACAGCAGGCAGGGUCCAAGGUCUGGAUUUGGACGGCCUUGUUGGCACUCUUCAUGGAGAUCCCUUCUCCACCAGAAAGCAGCUGCCACGCACACCUGAGAGCCUGAUUCUGGACGUGAAGAACUCCUGGCGUAAGGCAGUUGAGGAGGACAAAGCUGAGAAGAUGGAGCGGAUAACAGAGUUUAACGACAGCAUUAAAUGUUUGCUCACACCCCUCAACGAGAACAUUGAAGUGCAGAGCCAGAAGGGAGUCUCGCUCAAAUCUUCCCUGCUGUGGGACACCGAGGCCCUGGACAGCCUGAGCGGCACGGGCAGCAGCGCAGUCCAGUUCAGCCUCGAUCAGGAAACGCUCCCAGAAAUGCCGAGCUACGAUAGCCUGCUGAGCCUCGACGAUGAAGCGGUGGAUAUGACGAGUGAGGAGGAUGAUGAUGAUGAUGAUGAGGAGCUGCUGAUUCCCUUCCUGAAGACGGAGGAGAAGCAAACUCCCCUCACCACACAUCCUCUGGGCCGGAUCCAGCAGGCGUGCAGCGAUGGCUCCUAUAUAAGCAGUCAGAGGACAGCAGAGUGUCUUCUGACGGAUCACACAGCUUCCGGUUUGGACAGAGACUGGCUGAUGGAACCUGUGAGUUCAGUGGAGGCCACAGCACAGGUCUUCUCACUGGAUUUAGACAUUCUGAAGACUCCUUCCCCAUUAAAGAUUCAGGCGCAUAGCCUCCCAAAACUGAUCACUUUCUCCCCGAUGGAUGACAUGAAGUGAAUUUUAAAUAGCUGUAAAGUAACCUACUUAGUUGCCAUGAAAUUACUUUUCUGUGUUUUAAGGUAAGACAUGAACUAAAAUUGUAAAAUAUGGCUCUCUUGUGUGUAAAUAUCCAUGGUUAUUUUUAGUAUUGUUUGUCUCCAGAGAAACAUUAACAACUUGUAAUUUCCAAGAUAUGUUUGUUUGUCCAUUAAACUAUUGAUAAAGAUA